CGGCGGCGACCAUGGCGGCGGCGGCAGCGGGAGGAGGAGAGGUGGUGGCCGUUCGCCUGCCGCCCCUCUCCGAGGAGGACCCCCUCUUUCAUGACAAGAAGAGGAUAUUGGACAGUAGGAACCUGUCCUGUCUAUUUCAAGUUCCAACCUCAUGUUCUGCUGCUGAUACCUUCAAAAUACUGGAUACGAUGAUCGAAACUGCUAGGGUAGCUCAUAUGGAUGAGCUCGAGCUUUAUUUUUCUGGAGACAAUGAUUUUGGGCCAUUAUCUUCAAGGAAUGAACUUGAAUCUCUAAAUUUGUUGCUCAAAAUCUUGAACACGUUGCUUUUGAGUGCCAAUGAUGGUGCCGCGGGAGUUUUGCAAGUCAUACGUGAUGAAGUACUUAUUAGGCUCAGAUCUACUGAGUUGGAAGACAAUGGCCAAAUGGUUGUUCAAAUGCAAGACCAGCACAUGGAGGAUUCUCUUCUGAAAUGGGGCAAGGAACAUGGUGUUAAAACUAAAUUGCAAAUAGCAUUUUUUGAAGGAGCUGGGAGAGGAAUGGUAGCUUCUGAAAAUAUGAACGUGGGGGAUAUUGGACUUGAAAUUCCAGAGUCUGCUAUCAUAUCUGAGGAACUUCUCUGUCAGUCUGACAUGUUUCUUGCAUUGAAAGGUUUGGAUAGCAUUACCACUGAGACUAUGCUAUUGUUGUGGAGUAUCAGAGAGCGGAACAAUCCAUCUUCAAAUUUUAAGAUAUACUUUGAGGCACUCCCAAAAAAUUUCAAUACAGGGCUGAGUUUUGGAAUUGAUGCGCUUGCUGCAUUAGAAGGAACCCUUCUUUUUGAUGAGCUAAUGCAAGCUAGGCAGCAUUUGCGCCAGCAGUAUGAUGAGUUAUUUCCAAUACUGUGCAUAAAUUAUCCUGAUAUAUUCAAACAAGAUGUGUAUACAUGGGACAAUUUUCUAUGGGCUUGUGAAUUAUGGUAUUCUAACAGUAUGAUGGUUGUGUUAAGUAGUGGGAAAUUAGCAACUUGCUUGAUUCCUAUCGCUGGACUUCUGAACCACUCGGUCUCUCCUCACAUUCUUAACUAUGGUCGGGUAGAUAAAGCUACAAACUCUUUAAAAUUUCCUUUGUCCAGACCAUGCAAAGCAGGGGAGCAGUGUUUUCUCAGUUAUGGGAAGCAUCCAGGAUCUCAUCUUAUCACAUUCUAUGGUUUUCUACCAAGAGGAGACAACCCUUAUGAUGUUAUACCUUUAGAUCUUGAUACAUCUAUGGAUGAAGAAGAUUGUUCAUCUAUGUCCGUAACUACAAGCCAAACAAGUCAUAUGGUACGUGGGACAUGGCUGUCCAGAUUUGGAGGACCUCCCACGUAUGGCCUGCCUCAACGCUUGGUGUCCCAUCUCCGUGCUGUUCUAAAUUGUGGUCAGAACGAAUCCACUCCAAAGGCUGAUAUCAAGGAAAAUGACAGGAUGGUGCUUGAAACACUCCUCUCCAUAUUUACUCCCAUGCUCGAAGGAUUAGGCGAACCACAUGACUUCGAUCGGGGGAAUGCAUGUUGGGAUGUGAAGCUUGCACUGGACUACAAAGAUCUACAAAGAAGGAUAGUUUUGUCCAUUGUCACUUCAUGUACCUCAGGCUUGGCCAUGCUCGAUUCCUAGUUUGGAUGUCCAAGACCUGAAUUGGAGUAUGCUGGGAAUGGCUGAGCUGACAUGUGGAUGGUGGAGCUGUUGCACAUGGGCUACCUACAACUGACUGACUGCAAUCUGUUCUUUCCUGGAGAGGGAUCCAAGGACUGGCAUUGGCAUGGCACUUGACCUCCUCCUCUCCCAACUGACGAUGCACAGCUCGAACAUCAGAUGUCUGGUCCGACAAUUACGCGAAAAUCCAGUCAUCAGUGUGUGCAUCUGUGGCUUCAGAUUUAAGUAAGCUGCCCCCUCGUUGUUAGUGCAAACCUGCUGGUUUUGGUGGAGGAAAGCUACUUCUAAACUAAUUUUAUUUGGGAUGGAGUGAUGUCUUCGACCCAUAACGCCGACCUUUUAGCUUGUUUAUCGGAAGAGCAUCACAUAUUUCUGACCAUGAAACUGCAUAUGGGAUUUCUGUUAAAUUAGUUUUCCCCAUGUGGUCCAUAUGCUAGAACAACUAAACACUGGUCCUUGAGAGAGUGUUUUUUUUUUCUUGUGGAGGGGUUGGGAUUUAAGAACCCUUCUCCCAACACGCAAAAGAGUGAUGGAUUAGCGUAUGAUUAAUUUAAGUAGUAUUUAGUAAAAAUUAAAAAAUAGAC